CUCCCCCCUCCUCCUCUCUAAUUCUCCCUGGAAUCACAGAACAACCCUCGGUGUGGCGUGGAGGCUCUCGGUCUGUGUGUGACUGCAGGACUCCUGAGCUGGUUUCAGACCCCCUGAGCUGGUUCGUUUGCAGUGAGCCGGUUCAGUUUGACCCGACUCCGAAGACCGCCUCGGGUUCAAGGUCUCCCCCUCUGCGGGUCUGCUGCAUCCCUUGGUUCUCUGCUUGCCGUGGACGGGGUCUCCAGCGGUCUGCCAGUCAAGAUGACCGCCCACCUGUCUGUGCUGGUGUGCGUUUCCGUGUUCCAUCUGUGCCUGGGGGACCAGCCGGUCCAGGAGGAGAUCAUCACGACCAAGAACGUGGCUCUUCUGGGCGGCUGGCUCGAGAGAAGCCCAGAAUCAGAUGACAUUCAGACGGCGGCCCGUCAUGCUGUGGACCAGUUCAACGUCAACUCCAGGGCCAAGAAGAACUUCAAACUGGUCUCCGUCACGUCUGCCAAGACCCAGGUGACCAACAUGAUCAACUUUAAAAUCGAGGCGAUCCUGGGAAAGACCAAGUGUCUCAAAGCUGAAAACCACGACCUGGAAACCUGCACCCUGGGCAAGAAGCGCGUGGUGUGCCACUUCGAGGUGACUUUCAACCCCCGCAAUAACAAAUAUGAGCUGGUCAGAUCUCCCUGCAGUAGGAUCUCUGCUUCCACCUCCUCUCCCACCACCUCCACCAGCUGAAGAGAAGCCCUUUAUCCAGCUCUCUGACGGAGAUCACCUGUUAGCUGGCACUUUGGAGUUUAUUGCUGUAGCUAAUAUUAUCUUCUCAAGUCUUGAUAUUGUGCUUAAAUUGAUGGACUUUCAUUAAAUAAACA